AGGUUUCUCCCUCAGUGACACACGCACACACCCCCAGCAGACAAUGAAAAAGCUAUUUGAAGGUCGGCGGACUGGCUGGAGCGCUCAGUCCCUCUCUCUGCCCACAGUGAGUUACUACAAGUACACGCCUCGCGCAGUUAACGGGGUUUUUAAUGCGGGGGGCUAAGCAUUUCGGGGCUUUUGAGAGAAAACCAACUUUCCUGCGCGACUGCCGGUUGGGAAGGACGAGACACCUGUCGGCUUCACUCGGUUACGGAAAGAGGAGAAGACGCGCGCUGCUUAUUCUGAAAUAGCGCACACCGGUGGAUAAUCCUUUACUCAAAAAACUUGUUAGGCUUCGGUGGAUGGUGAUGCUUCGGGACAUUUGUUUAACCAAGGUUAAGGAAAAGCUGGUUAUAGAAGUUCAAGAGAGUAGCGGGUGAGGGCAGUCCCGGUCCUGGAGGGCCGGCUGGUGUGUCUGCAGCUGUUCUCGGUCUCUUGAAAGCAGCCGCCGCACCUGAGCAGCUGGGAGACGCUGUUAAUAACGAGCUGGGCUGGAAUGAAACCCUGCAGACGCGCCGGCCCGACAGGACCAGAACUGCCGAACCCGGACGGAAGAGAAUCGGCUGCGGAUAUUCUGCAGCUGCUUCAGGUCACUGCCAACAGAACCUCGGCUUCACAUCCUGGGUUCAGUCACUGCAGUCCCCGAUAACCGCUCUCCCCAAACGAUGAGGCGUGCCCGAUUGCUACGCCAGCCCUGGUAGAAGACCAUCUCAAGCCAACUCUUGCCAACCCUCCAGACCUGACCUUUGAACCCGGGACACCAUGACAGUGACCUAUACUGCCCGGGUGGCCAAUGCCCGCUUCUGUGGGUUCUCCAAGCUGCUGUUGGCCUGGAAGGGAAGCAUCUACAAGCUCCUGUACAAGGAGUUCAUGGUGUUCUUUGCUCUGUACAUGGCCAUCAGCGUCACCUACAGGUUUCUGCUGCUGGAGGAUCAGAAGAGGUACUUCGAGAAGCUGGCCAUUUACUGCAACCACUACGCCAGUCUCAUCCCCAUGUCCUUCGUGCUGGGUUUCUAUGUCACGCUGGUGGUGAACCGCUGGUGGAACCAGUACAAGUCCAUCCCGCUGCCCGACAGGCUGAUGUGCGUGAUCUCCGGCGGGGUGCAGGGCAGCGAUGAGAGGGGGCGUCUCCUCCGGCGCACCCUGAUGCGCUACGCCAGCCUGUCGGCCCUGCUCAUCCUCCGCUCCGUCAGCACCGCCGUCUUCCGGCGCUUCCCCACCAUGGACCAUGUGGUGGAGGCCGGGUUCAUGACCAGAGACGAGCGCAAGAAGUUCGAGAGUCUGCAGUCGCGCUACAACAAGUACUGGAUGCCCUGCGUCUGGUUCACUAACCUGGCGGCUCUGGCCCGCUGUGAGGGCCGCAUCAAGGACGACAACACCCUGAAGCUGCUGCUGGAGGGGCUCAAUGAGUUCCGAGGCAACUGCAGCAUGCUUUUCCACUACGACAUGGUCAGCGUGCCUCUGGUCUACACGCAGGUGGUGACCAUCGCGGUGUACAGCUUCUUUCUGGUGUGCCUCAUUGGCAGACAGUUCCUUGACCCCACCCUGGGCUACCCAGGUCAUGACCUUGACCUCUACAUUCCCAUCUUCACUCUGCUGCAGUUCUUCUUCUACGCCGGCUGGCUGAAGGUCGCAGAGCAGCUGAUCAAUCCCUUUGGCGUGGACGAUGACGACUUCGAGACUAACUGGCUCAUCGACAGGAACUUCCAGGUGUCCAUGAUGGCCGUGGAUGAGAUGUACGGCGACUUGCCGGUGAUUGAGAAGGACCGCUACUGGAACGACUCGAACCCGCGCCCCCCCUACACAGCUGCUACCGUGUUUGUCCUGCGGAAGCCCUCCUUCCAGGGCUCCACCUUCGACAUGACGGUCCCCAAAGAGGAGAUGCAGUUCCAGCCGCUGGAGGACAUUGCAGAGAACCUGGAGGAGCCCCACAAUGCCCACAACAGCACGGCGCUGCUGAACCGGCUGCUGAGCGCCGCCCCCUCGCCCGCCAGCCUGGGCAGUGCGUUUACGCGCACCACUGCCCGCCUGCAGCGCCUCGGCCGGCGGCCCAGCUGCGACUCCGACAGCAGCUCCCUCAACUCCUGCCUGUGCCCGGACACCCAGAGCACGCUGUGCAGCUGCGGCGCGGUCAGCCAGCACGUGCCCCUCAGCGCCAUCCAGUUCUCCGCGGGCGAGUGCGAGUGCGAGGGCGAGGGCGAGGCCUGGCCACGCCAGCCCAGCGAGGAGGCCGAGGCCGAGCUGCCAGCCCUGCCCUCCGGCGACACGGUGACACUCCCUGCGGCGGGUGGCCAGGAUGAGGAGCUGGCCAAACUCCCCUGCUGCCUCACGCCCACGCCUGCGGCAGAAAAACGAAACAGGGUCCCGGGGGCGCAUCCCAAGGAGGGCUCCGGCCUGCGGCUGUCUCCGGUCCAUGGGAGCUCGGUCCAGGAUUUUGGCGCUUUCCACGCAGGUGACAAGAAGAAAGCCCCGCCCCUGCUACCACUGCCCAAUGGGAAAGGGGCAGGGCGGUCCAUGCUGUGCGUCCCGACCAAUGGCAGCUUGAAUUCUGUAGAACAGCUGGAGCAGCAGCCCCCUCUUCGCUGCCCAGCUGUUGCCAAGUUCAAUCAGCGCCUCCGCAGUGUCAGCAUGGGCUCAGAGUUCAGCGGCCCUCUCCCACAGCUUCACCUCAGCACGGGAGGAAUGCGUCUGAAGAGCCAGUAUUGUCCCACCGAGACAAGCAUCUACUAAGGCAGGAGCAGAAUGGACUGAAUCCUGGGAAACUAAGUGCUACUUUCAACCUGCUCUUGCUCUAAAGAGCAAAUGAUACUCUGCACAUGGAAGCUGGGAAACCAAAAAAAAAAAAAGGUUAAGCUUUUAUAAUGGAGUAAGUCAUGUGCACCUGAAAAUAAUUUUUUCCAUUCACAGUAGGAGUUCUUGGUUUAGGAGUUAGCGUUCCAUCACUUUCUUACAAAAAAGUUUUAUAAAUUUUAUAUCGCUUCUUCUUUCUUUUGUUAAGGCUGUCUUGACACAGCCAAAGUAUUACUUCUUUGCUCUUCUAAAAUAAAAUUGUCUAUUUUAAAAC